AUGGACUUUACAAAUAUAUGUGACCCCACCCCUGUGUUGUGUCCAUAUAAUAACCAGCGAUAUGAAGCCAGUGCCUGUGCCCCAAACAAUAGCCUCGGAUCAUCAAACCCUCCACGUACUGUUUCGUCUAAAGAGGUGUCAUCUAGUAACUUAGAAGCGAAUAUACUGCAUCAGUUAUCAACAGUGGAACAAUUGGAACUGCAAAGAAAGAGAAUUGACGAAAUUGCAGCAACAAAAACAUCGCCCGAUUCUGUGAAUAAUAUGUCUAAUAGUGAACAAGUAGUGAAUACAAAUGGGGCAGGGUCCAUGGUAGGCGGAAUCAGUGGUGACUUUGCUGCAAAAUUAUUUGACAGAUUCGACAAUCUGUCUAAGGAAAUGGAAAUAUAUAGAAGUGAGGUGUUUGAUGAGAAAACUUACCUAAAACAAGCAAAGGAUGACUUUUGUGAUGCUCUUUGUGAUGAUCGAAAUAUGGCGUGGCAGAUUCAGAGAACAAAUGUUGAGGAUGCUGUAAGGUUAGCCGUAGAGUUAGAGGCACACCGUGCCGCCUGUGACACUCAGCCUGGGAAAAUCCGAAGUGUAGAUACACCACCUGAGUUAGUUGAGCUACAAGAAGAAGAAAAUCAGUGA